UCCACCCACAGGCCCGCACUGAUUACUCCCAUGGCCAGCGCACCGGCCUCGUCUGCCGCGCCGCCCCGCCGCGUGGUCGUCUGCGGCGGCGGUGUUGUCGGCGCCUGCACGGCCUACUUCCUCUCCACCCACGCCGCCUCCCCCACUGUCCCGACCCUGGUCGAGAAGUCCUCCCCCGCCUGCGCCGCCUCCGGCAAGGCCGGCGGCUUCCUCGCCCUCGACUGGAGCGACUCCACCCCCGCGCUCUCCGCGCUCGCGCGCGCCUCCUUCGCGCUCCACGGCCGCCUCGCCGCCGCCCUCGACGGCGCCAGCGCCUACGGUUUCCGCCCCGUCCACACCCUCUCCAUCUGCCUCCCCUCCGAGCCCACUGAGCUCGCAUCGCCCCACCCGCUCCUCCCUUCCUGGGUCGACCCGUCCGCCUCCGCCGCGCCGCCGCGCGUGCUCGGAACCCCGGACACCACCGCGCAGGUCCACCCGGGCCUCUUCACCAAGGCCGUCCUCGCCGCGUCCGGCGCCGAGGUCGUCAUCGGCGAGGUGGAGCGCGUGGUGGUCCGCGAAGGGCGAGUCGUCGGCGUCGCGGUGAAGGGGCGCGGCGUGGUGGACGCCGACGCCGUGGUGCUUGCGCUCGGCCCGUGGUCCGGGCGGUUCGAUUUGGUCAAGGAGGUGUUCGAUGUGUCCGGGCUCAAGGCGCACAGCAUCGUGCUCCGGCCGCGCAACCCUGACAAGAUCACGCCGCACUGCCUGUUCCUGAGCUACCAGCCGGAGCCCGGGGCCAAGAUGCUCGACCCGGAGGUCUACCCAAGGCCCACCGGGGAAGUGUACAUUUGUGGAAUGAGCAAGGACGAGGAAGUUCCAGAUGAUCCGGCAACCAUUGUUGGGGAGCCCGACUCGAUUGCAAUGCUUCACAAGAUCGCCGGAAGGGUGUCCAGCCAGCUCAAGACAGAGGAGGGCGCCGAGGUGGUCGCGGAGCAGGCGUGCUACCUGCCGUGCACCAAUGACGGGCUGCCGGUCAUUGGGGAGAUGCCCGGGGUGAAGGGAUGCUACGUUGCAACCGGGCACAGCUGCUGGGGCAUCCUCAAUGCUCCAGCUACCGGCGCAGCACUCGCCGAGCUCAUCCUCGAUGGACAGGCCAAGAUUGUUGAUCUUACUCCCUUCAGCCCGGCAAGAUUCCUCAAGAAGAGCAGGCGCGGACUGUAAACACACAGUUCCUUCGGUAUAAGGUUCCAAACUCGGCAACCGAAUAAAAAGCUGUCCUCGGUUGUAACAUCUCCGAGGAUAGAACGAAUAAUGUACGGAUAAAUAAACCUUGAGCAUUUGCUGUCAGUUGUUGUGGAGAUGGAUAGAUCUUGUUUUAGCUUAUGUUGUGUGUUUACAAGUUGUUACUAGCAAAACAUGACAACAAAUGUUUUCCAUGAUAACAUCUUUGAAUGCAGACAUGAACUGCAAAUACACUUCCUCACUAUAA